AUGUGGAGGAUCACUGGAUCAGAGAGGGAGAAGGCGAAAAGUUCGUCUUCUUCUACUCCCCUCGCUACUGGAGAGGAAAUUAGACGUCUGAAUGAGAAGAUAGGUGUGUUGACCUCAGAACUUAAGAAAACAAAAGCAGAUAAUGUCAAACUUUAUGGAAAAAUCCGUUAUGUUCAAGAUCAUAAUUCUGAGAGAGUGAUUUCAAGAGGAUCAAAGAAGUAUGCAGAAGACCUAGGAAGUGGUUUCAGCUCAGAUGAGGAGUCCAAUUACAAGAAGAUGUAUGAAGAGGAUAUAAAUCCAUUUGCAGCUUUCUCGAAGAAGGAAAGGCACCAAAGAUACAAGGAACUAGGUUUGAGAGACAAGAUUACUCUCAGGAGUGGAUGUUUUCUUCUUGGUAACAAGUAAGCCUUCUCUCUUCAG